AUGGUCCGCAUUGAAGACACCUGGAUGAUGACCUCCAUGAUGACACCCAAGUCUCAGAGUCCACUGUCUCAGAGGCUCCCACCUGUACCUGUUGUGACGCCACACGACCGAGACCUUGCACUGCGAGGGUGCCCGCGGGGUGUGGACUGUGGACACCGAGCCGUACAGGAAGUAUGUCGACCUUGCACUGGACUAUUUAAGCCUAUACAGUAUCAUGUACAGCAACACAGGUCUCUCUGGAAUACUCGCGUCAUGAACUCCCUGGUUGUGUUGGUAGCCUGCCUGGCCGCUGCUAGCGCCAGCUACGCCGGUUAUGGCUGGGCGGGGGCACAUUACGGAUACGCUCCCUACGCCUACGCCGGCCACGGGUGGUAUGGUGGUCAUGGAGGAUACCACGGACCUCUGGCCGCCCCCGUCGUCCUGCCCUCUGGCUACCUCGCCGACACCCCGGAGGUCGCUGCCGCCAAGGGUGCCCACCUCAACGCUGUCGCCAACGCUGCCCACCGUACCGGUGCUUACGCUGGAGCCUACGGCCACGGUUACGGUCACGGAUACGGUUACGGUAAAGGCUACUACGGUGGCUACUACGGAGGCUACCACGGUCCCCAGGCCGUCCCCGUAGUGCUCCCCUCAGGCUACCUCGCCGACACUCCUGACGUGGCCGCUGUCAAGGCUUCUCACCUGACCGCUGUAGCUCACCAAGGAGGUGCCACCCACACCGGCUACGGUCACGGUUACCCCUACGGUUACGGCUACGGAUACGGACACGGACACGGCUACUACCACCAUUAACCGUCUGCCAACACAACCUGCAUAGAGCCAGAGCUGCGGAGACCUCAGUUGGGCUUUUUGUAAAUAAUAUUUAUAACCUGUAUAGUAACUGUAAUAUAAUCAAAUCAUCCAUUCAUACACUAGACUACCAAAACAGUUAAUGACGCCCUAAGAGUACAACAGACUGUUCAAUCUAAAUUUCGAAUUCAUAUUUUAAUAAUAAGCAUUUUUAAAGUAAUA